UUCCUUCUUUCCAUCUCUUCUACGCUCUCUUUUUGGUAAUGUUCGGUAUAGUUUAUACAGUCUUAUAUCAUGAUAAAGAGAAGUUGUGGCCAAAAGGUAUUUACCUCAAGGAACUUUCCCAAUCCUGCAUACUUGGCGGAAUAUAUGCUAUUUUUACCUCCUUGACCAAACUAAGCUAGGGCUCUCUUUUAUUUGCUGGCUCUAGUCUUGUGUCUUUUAUGUUCUUUUCUUGUUUUACCAUUCAUCAUUUGUUCAUGGGUCUUUUGUUCUUCCUUUGCUUAAAAUGUUUUAGAUUCUUGAUGAAUGCCAGAUCGGGGUCAGACCAAGUUCCAGUUUAAUCCACUGUCCAUGUUGAUGGGGCUCACUUCUCCCGAUCUAGCCCACAUAACUGCUUAAUUGAUAUUCUGACUUCUGAGUGUUGAUGCUGGGUCGUUGCAACUUUGCACACAACGUACUCGAAUGCUAGCAAAUAUCAAUCGGUGGCGAUAACUGAUAACGGCAACAUAUGACCUUCCUUAAGUUACCUUGAUUCUUUUGCAGUCUCUUAGAUCCUUCAUCUGAUGGAUCUAGUGGUAAUAAUUACAUGAGGGCCUUUGCUACUGAACACUGGAAUAUCUUUCCAAAAAUAUAUUGGCCUAACAGAGUUGUGCGACUAUUCUAUGCACCACUUACAUUGGCUCUCUUCGCUUCUUCAUUGAAAUGUGUUGAACUGCUUAUUAAGGCUGGUGCUGAUGUCAAUGCUGGUAGCCCUGCAACUCCAUUAACAUUAGCUGCAACGGAUGGCUUAGCUGACUGCAUCAAGUGCUUGUUGGAAGCUCAUGCUGAUCCCAAUAUUCCUGACGAAAUUGGUAGAAUGCCAGUGGAAUUAGCUGCAAUCCAUGGAUGGAAGGAAUGUGUUGAGAUUCUCUUUCCUGUCACAUCCCGUGUAGCUAGAUUCGCAGACUGGAGCAUUGAUGGAAUAAUGCAACAGUGCUCACAUGGUAAUCUUCAUAAAAGUGAGGAACCUGCUUUCAAAGCGCUAGGGGAUGCUGCAUUUAAGAGAAAGGAUUAUACUCAUGCAUCAGCUCUAUACACCAAGGGAAUGGACACUGACCCUAAGGAUUCAACCUUGUACGCAAAGAGGAGCCUUUGCUGGCUGCGUAUGGGUGAGAAAGACAAAGCUUUGGAUGAUGCCAAUACCUGCAAAUGUAUGAUUCUUGAUGGAUCAAAUUGCUUCCCUGAGCAAGGAGCAGCUCUAAUACCGACGGAGGACUAUGGCCAAGCAUCUGAAGCUCUUAUAUCUAGCUUGAAGUUGGAUUCUGGAAGCGGCCUGGUUGAUGAAGUAUCUGGAACUUGCAGGGAGGAGGAUAAGUGAAUAAAGGUUAGUUACUGCCCGGACAUGUGAAGCGUCCACUGAAGUUGUGAGGCGUUGUGUUUUGUUCGAUCUUGCACGUUGUACUGUAUAGCCUGUUGAUAUUCUGGUGAACAAAACAACGUAAGCGUGGAGAUGUAAGUACCUAUAGAUAGCACAAACGAGUAGCUGGAUUGUAGAUGAUGCCAACAUGUUACAUAUGGUACUGAGCUGUGAAACUGAACAAUGUACCAUAGUUGCUUACUUGGGGUAUAACUGCGAAUUUGGGACAAUAACUACACCACUAUUGCAAUUGAGAUUGUUGGGAGUUUAAACAUGUUGAAAGUCUUUUGUUUGUUAAAAGAUGCGACUGAGAUUAUUGGAAUUUCUUAUGUUCCAUGCUACUUUAUUGAUGAUACCUACAUGUUUUAUACAUACUUUAUGUCGUAUUUAUGCAUUUUCCGGCACUAACCUAUUAACGAGAUGCCAAAGAGCCAGUUGCUGUUUUCCGCUGUUUUUGGUUUCAGAAAUCCUAGUAAGGAAAUAUUCUCGGAAUUGGACGAAAUCAACGCCCAGGAUUUUAUUUUUUCCAUGAAGCUUCCAGAACACCGGGGGAGAUACGAAGUGGGGCGACGAGGCGACGCCACACCAGGGCGGCGCGGCCCAGGCCCUGGCCGCGCCGGCCUGUGGUGUGGGCCCCUCGUGGCGCCCCCUGACCUACCCUUCCGCCUACUUAAGCCUUCGUCGAGAAUAACUCCAGUACCGAGAGCCACGAUACGGAAAACCUUCCAGAGACGCCGCCACCAAUCCCAUCUCGGGGGAUUCAGGAGAUCGCCUCCGGCACCCUGCCGGAGAGGGGAAUCAUCUCCCGGAGGACUCUUCACCGCCAUGGUCGCCUCCGGAGUGAUGAGUGAGUAGUUCACCCCUGGACUAUGGGUCCAUAGCAGUAGCUAGAU